ACUUACUGGCCGUCUCCGGGUAGCAUCGCACCGUACCGCGGUCAUCUCCGGACAGCCCGGCCUGGGGACAAUGAGGUCGUCGUGCGUCCUACUGGCCGCGCUGUUGGCGCUGGCCGCCUACUACGUGUACAUCCCACUGCCCGGCGCGGUGUCCGACCCUUGGAAACUGAUGCUGCUGGACGCCACUUUCCGCGGCGCGCAGCAAGUGAGUAACCUGAUCCACUCGCUGGGGCUGGGCCACCACCUCGUCGCGCUCAAUUUCAUCAUCGUUUCUUUUGGGAAGAAAAGCGCAAGGUCUUCCCCGAAGGUGAAGGUGACCGACACUGACUUUGAUGGGGUGGAAGUCAGAGUGUUUGAAGGCUCUCCAAAACCCGACGAGCAGCUGCGGCGAAGCGUGGUCUAUAUCCACGGAGGAGGCUGGGCCUUGGCCAGUGCAAAAAUCAGCUACUAUGACCAGCUCUGUACAACAAUGGCCGAGGAGCUGAACGCCGUCAUCGUUUCCAUCGAAUACAGGCUCGUUCCACAGGUCUACUUUCCUGAGCAAGUUUACGAUGUCAUCCGUGCCACAAGAUACUUCCUGCAGCCAGAAGUCUUAGACAAGUACAAGGUGGACCCUGAGAGAGUCGGUGUUUCUGGAGACAGUGCUGGCGGGAACUUGGCAGCUGCCCUUGGACAGCAGUUUACAUACGUGGCCAACCUAAAAAAUAAGCUCAAACUGCAGGCUUUAAUCUACCCAGUCCUCCAGGCUUUGGAUUUCAACACACCCUCUUACCAGCAGAACGUGAACACUCCAAUCCUGCCGCGCCAUGUCAUGGUGAAGUACUGGGUGGACUACUUCAAAGGCAACUAUGACUUUGUGCAGGCGAUGAUUGUGAACAAUCACACUUCGCUGGAUGUGGAAGGGGCCGCAGCCCUCAGGGCCCGUCUCAACUGGACAUCCCUGUUGCCCUCAUCCAUCAAAAAGAGCUACAAGCCUGUCAUGCAGACCACAGGUGACGCCAGGAUCGUCCAGGAGAUCCCUCAACUGCUGGAUGCUGCUUCUUCCCCGCUCAUCGCAGAGCAGGAAGUGCUUCAGGCGCUCCCCAAGACCUACAUCCUCACCUGCGAGCAUGAUGUCCUUCGGGAUGACGGCAUCAUGUAUGCCAAGCGCUUGGAGAGUGCGGGCGUGAAUGUGACCUUGGACCACUUUGAAGAUGGCUUUCAUGGGUGUAUGAUUUUCACAAGCUGGCCGACCAACUUCUCCGUGGGAAUCCGGACUAGGAAUAGUUACAUCAAAUGGCUGCAUGAGAACCUGUGACAGAGUGGGCUCCUCCUCACAUGCACGAAGCUCUUGACCGCCUCCAUUUGCUUUGGGAAGACCCGCACUUUUCAAUCAUCCGAGCCUUUCUCUUGUUUCUCAUGAAUAUUGGAAUCUGUACCCUGCAGACCUGAUAAUCUACAUUUUAAAAGUAAUUCUAACUGACUAGUUUAAAAACA